UACUAUUGGAACCUUUCGGCUCCAUUUCAGCACCAUGAUGGUGUUAGAUCAGCCUAUCAUUUCAGUUAAGUUCCCCCCGACUGAUUAACACCUUGCCAGAGAGAAAAUUCCGUUUCGGUUCCGAAGGGCAAUAGCGACGGUGUACAUGGGAUACCUCUGGUAUAUUUGCAUCCCUUUUGAUGAAAGUAUCGUACCCAGAUCAUUGCAGGUACGACAUCUUCUAGUUUACAACUUUGUAAGCCUGACCUAUAUGGGACAUACGAAUGCUUCUUGGGUAACAGAUAUGUCAAACAGUGUGCCAGGGAAAGGUUACCGCGAGUUUAGCCCUUCUGUACUUUAGCCCUGCUAUUUAUUAAACAGUUUUGGGUUUCGAAAACGCCUACCAGUAACGCGCAUACGAUGUAUCAAUUGGAAAGCGAAGGGUAUUUUUA